GCCCCCACACCCCACCCUCGCUGACCCUCUGCGACUGUCCACUCAGUCCGCCCUGAAGCUGCCUAGUGACCAAGAACUUGGGAUCAGGUCGCAGCUGACGUCGCUGCCCAGAUGGCCUCCAGGCUGACCCCGCUGACCCUCCUGCUGCUGCUGCUGCUGGCUGGGGAUAGAGCUUUCUCAGAUCCAGAAACUACCAGCCACAGCACCCAGGAUCCACUGGUCACUCAAGAGGCAAUCAAUGAGGUCUUCCCUGAAACAGAUGAGUCCUUGAAUCCCACUGAGCAUACAGUACAGUCUUCUACCUGGCCAACAACCAAUGUACCCACCAAAGAUCCUGCUGACACUACCCAAGCCUUCCUCAAGCACACCCAACCAGCUGAGCAGCUGCCCACAGACUCUCCCAGCCAGCCCACUAUGAAUUCUUCCAGCCAGUCCCCCGUGGAUCCUUCCAGCCAGCCUUCCACAACCACAGAUUCUCCCACCCAGGCUCCUACUGAGCCCUUCUGUUCAGGGCCACUUGCUCAGUGCUCUGAUUUAGACAGAGGGUCCUCAGAGGCCACACUGUCGGAGGCCUUGACAGAUUUUUCUGUGAAGCUCUACCACGCCUUCUCAGCUACCAAGAAGGCUGAAACCAACAUGGUCUUUUCCCCAUUCAGCAUCGCCAGCCUCCUCACCCAGGUCCUUCUUGGGGCUGGAGACAGCACCAAGAGCAACUUAGAGAGCGUCCUUUCCUACCCCACGGAUUUUGCCUGUGUCCACCAGGCUCUGAAGGCCUUUUCACCCAAAGGUGUCACUUCUGUGUCGCAGAUCUUCCACAGCCCAGACCUGGCCAUAAGGGACACCUAUGUGAAUGCCUCUCAGAGCCUGUAUGGAAGCAGCCCCAGAGUCCUGGGCCCAGACAGUGAAGCUAACUUAGAACUCAUCAACACCUGGGUGGCUGAGAACACCAACCACAAGAUCAGCCAGCUGCUAGACAGCCUGCCCUCCGACACCCGCCUUGUCCUGCUGAACGCUGUCUACUUGAGUGCCAAGUGGAAGAAAACAUUUGACGAAACAAAAAUGAAGGCAUCUUUCCUCUACAAAAACUCUGUGAUUAAAGUACCCAUGAUGAGUAGCAAAAAGUACCCUAUGGCCCAUUUCAGCGACCAGACUUUGAAGGCCAGGGUGGGGCAGCUACAGCUCUCUCAGAACCUGAGCUUUGUGAUCAUGGUGCCCCGGAGCCAGAAGCACAGACUUGAAGAUAUGGAAGAGGCACUCACCCCCACUGUCUUCAAGGCCAUCAUGAAGAAGCUGGAGCUGUCUAGAUACCAGCCCACUUACCUGAUGAUGCCCCGAAUCAAAGUAAAGAGCAGCCAAGACAUGCUGUCCAUCCUGGAGAAAAUGGAAUUCUUUGACUUCACUUACGAUCUCAACCUGUGUGGGCUGACUGAGGACCCAGAUCUUCAGGUGUCUGCCAUGAAGCACCAGACGGUGCUGGAGCUAACAGAGACAGGUGUGGAGGCAGCUGCAGCCUCUGCUGUCUCUGUGGCCCGAAACUUAAUCAUCUUUGAGGUGCAGCAACCCUUCCUCUUCCUGCUCUGGGACCAGCAACACAAGUUCCCAGUCUUCAUGGGCCGGGUCUACGACCCCAGGGCCUGAGACAGGCAGGAGUCGGGCUUGAGUAAGCCCUGCCACCCAGGCUUCAGCUCAUCCAGUUAUUGCCUUGCCACUGCCUUCCCUAGCCACUUCCAGCCUUAGGAUCUGGCAGAGGGAACUGUUCUCACCCACCAGCCCGAUGGCAUCGGCAUGCUCUCUAAACCAGUUUUUGCCGCUUGAUGGUUCAGGUUUACCAGACUCAACAAAUAAAACUUGCAGACAUUC